UAGGCACCUCUGGAUCCAAUCUUCCGAAUUAUGAACGCCUACAAAGCAGACCCUUAUGACAAGAAGAUUGACCUCGGCGUGGGAACCUAUGGUACAGAUGAAGAAAAACCAUAAAUCUUUGAAGUUGUGAAAAGAGUUGACUAGAGAUUAUCAAUGGUAUUAAAUUAAAUAAAGCAUGAGUCUUAUUUUGAGUUAUCAAGGAAUAUCUGCUAUUUGAAGACUUAUCUGACUUUAACUAGGGCUGUUAAAGGCGAUUAUUUGGCAAAGACAACCCCUUUAAUUGAAAGUGGAAGGAUAGUAACAGCCUAGUGUUUGGGAUGAACAGGGGCACUUAGAGUGGGAUUUGAUAUCGUGAAAGACCUUUGGCAGGAGAUAUCUAUGUCAUGAAACCA